AUGGGUGGGGACAACAAAGAAGAACUGGGUAGCGGCCGGCUGCUGGUCGGCUGUCUGCUGCUGGUGUUCGGCGUGCUGGCGCUGCUGCAGGGGUCCUCACAAGCCUACCUGGGCGGCGGUCUCUGGGGCGGCAUCUGCGUCAUCGUGUCCGGCGCCCUGGGCAUCAUCUCCUCCCGCCGGCCCUGCGCCUACUUCUAUCUGGCGAGCUUCAUGGCCAUGUCAAUCGUGUCUCUGGCCGUGUCUGGCUUGGUGGUCAUCUUCUCAGCCAUCGGCCUCGUGCGUGAUGACGCCAGCUCACGCGCCAUCUACGUCGAUAGUGAGACGGGCGAGCCGCUGGCGUUCCUCGGCGACGUGGUGAUCCGGCGUCCGGCAGUCAUCUUCAGCGCCGUGCUGCUCGGCCUGGCCGUGCUGGACAUCCUGUUCUCGCUCUUCUCCGUCGCCAUCUGCUCGCGCGAGGUCUGCGCCGGCGGUGCCAGCCCUGGGCCGC